UAGACAUCUGUUUUCCUUAGUAAAGAAUAGUCCCCCUCUCACAAUAAAUAAAUAAGUUGAUUAAUUAAUAAAUAAAAAUAUAAAAAGCCGAUAGAAAACUCAUCAUGAGGCUGAAGUGGGUGUUCUCGCAGUAAGGACUCCGGUCCAGCAGCGGCAGCAGAGAGUCCGGUUUUCUCACGCAGCUCAGCGCAGAUAAACUUCUCUCUCUGCAGACGAGGUAAUGUUAUUUUAACAGCUGAAAUGGCGAACUGGUGUGUGGACGGUGGGAACUAAGUGGCGCAGAGAAGCCUGAGUAAGAGUCAUGAGGCGCCUCGGGUCCGUGCAGCAGAAAAUCCCGUGUGUUUUUCUCACUGAGGUGAAAGAAGAAGCGUCCAGAAAGCGGGACGGUCAGCAUUUUCAGGUGGUUGCCACGGAAACGGUGAACCCCGUGGCUGUGGAGUCGGACGUCCACCACGCGCUCGCCACAGAGAAGCUGGACGGCACUUGCUGCUACGUCACUCUGUACAGAGGAGAAGCAUAUCUCUGGGCUCGCCUGGACCGCAAACCCACCAAGCAGGCGGACAAGAGGUUCAAGAAAUAUCAGUACUCUCAGAAGACCUGUAAAGGUUUCACGUGGGAUGUAGAAGAAGAUUUCCGGACUGUUCCCGAAUCCUGGAUUCCUGCACGUCGAGUUCAGUACGAGAGCGGUCACCCCGUACCUGAUGAGCACGGACACAUCCCGGGCUGGGUUCCAGUGGACAAGGUUAACAAGCAGUACUGCUGGCACGCGUCUGUGGUCGACUACGACGCCCGAGAGGCUCUCGUUCUGAGGCCGAGCGACGGGGAUGAAGCCGUGCUGGAAAUCGCCAGCGUUCCUCUGACCGAGCUGAUGGAGCAAACGCUGGAGCUCAUUGGGACCAACGUGAACGGAAACCCGUACGGUUUGGGCAGUAAGAAGAAUCCGCUCCACGUUCUGGUGCCGCAUGGAAUCCUUCACGUGAGGAACGCUCCUGCUGUGGAGUUCCAUCAGCUGCUAUCGUGGUUUCGGGACAGUGAUGAGGGCAGUGUGGAGGGAAUUGUGUGGCACUGUAACGACGGCACGCUCGUCAAGAUUCAUCGGCACCACCUGGGUCUGAAGUGGCCCGAUGGCGACGCCCUCUUAAACUCCAGGCCCGUGGUGGUCCGCGUGUCCCGGCUCCCGUUCGAUCCGGACGCUUCACCUGACUCGAGGAAGAACCUGUUCUCCGCUCUCUCCGGCCUCACCAGACGCCGUUUCGGCUCCUUCAGAGAUGUCCAGCUGGAUGCCUGAUCAGCUACACAACAUUCCUCUUGCUCAACUGUAUGACCUGCUUUACAAUGAGGACGAAUCUUCGUAGUAGAAUUCUUUACUGAACCUCGGCUCUAAUGUGACACUUAAUAGUAAAAGAUUUACUACGUGAUGCCGAUAACGAACCUUAGAGUCGCUCUCGGUUUUAAGAGGGAGAUUAAUUGAUGUAUAUUUAAUUUAUUUAGCCAAAAAUGAAGUAUGUAACGUCCAUGAGAUACACGAAAGCUGUCCUAAUAAACAUGUCUAAAAGAA